GCCAACAAAAUCCAUCUCUGAGGCUCUGUCGCCUGAGUUUACAAGCUGAGGGCUGAGGCGUACAAAAUAGGCAGUAAAAUUUGGCCUUUUAUAAAUUGUACAGUGGACAACAUUUUGCAGUGAUUAUAUGACCAACCACAUAGGACUGCAUAAUUACUUAGAAUGAGUCGCAUCCAUAUGUCAUCCGCUUAGAAGAUUGGAAGAAUGAGGCACUAAUGUUGGCGAGGAGCCCAGCAAAGGAUCAACUGGCUACGGUGGACCGGUGGGGCACGUGGGGCGGCGGGAAGGAUGAAAGCGCAGGACAAUGUUAUUCUUAUGACAGCGAAGGAUCAACUGGCUGCGGUGGACCGGUGGGGCGCGUGGGGCAGUGGAAAAGAAUGAGGCCUUUUUGGUUUACAACCACAUGGACGGACGUUCGACUAAUAGGAAGUGGCAAAGAUGGCAGGAAUAGACCCCUUAUCCUGUACACUUGUGACACAGUGUGUGAAUUUUCAUGGCCAUCAACUUCUGAAGCAGCUUACUUCUUCACAUCCCAAAGAUUUUGAAACCUUGAAUCUGAAGGAAGUUGACUACAAAGUAUAUAAAGCAAGAAUUCCUGAAAUAAGUAAGCAACCAAGUGUGACAAGAAAUGAACUAAUUAAUUUCAUCAGUGAUAAGUGCCCAAGAUUGUUUGUACCUCGAGAAACUGAAUCUAUUAAUGGUGGUGAUGAUGAUUAUGGAAUCAGAGAUAGAUCAAACAAUCUUCCUCCUCUGGAAUACUUCAUGAGAGUUAUGAGUCACCUGAAAAGAGAUAUGUUCUUUAAGACAGUGCAGCGUGGAGAUGUUCUUUAUGUGCGUGUAACGACCCAUGUCCAUGAUCUGCUAUGUACAGUGAAGGUGCAGGCAGCUGUUGGCACCACUGUGAGGGAUUUGUUUGAUACUGACAUUAAGGCUCAUCUCCGUCUUGAGGACACUGAUCCAGAACCAGCGGAUAGAGAUGACCUUGGACGAUGGAUGUUGAGGACAAGGUUGUGUGUAGAGGUACUGGAGGUGGAUGCUAGUGAUAAUUACCUACUAGUGGGCACCAAAGGGGUUGCCAUUCAUUCACAUCUCAAGGAUAAGGUGAAGCUGGGCAAGGCCACCCUCAGCAACCGUCCACCUAUAUUGAGUGAAAUGGAAAACCGAAGCAUUAAGUCUUACUCUCAAGCACUGGAGAAGCUGGUGACUUUCAACAACCCUCGCAGCAUAAGACAUUUAGCAGGAAAAUUCAACCUCAACCUGUAUUCACAUACUUCACUGAUGGGCUCAUUAAAACACAAGUUUUCGGAGCGUGAAAUGUACAAGUCGGUAAGGAAGGCGCAGAUGUCACGUUGGGCCCACAAGUCAGUUGCUGAUGGGGUAGUGUUCUUCAAACGUGGUCAGCAUGAAGAAGCCUUCCAGUGUCUCAACAAGGCUCUACAAAUUGAUACAGAAAAUGUGGAAGCAUUUGUUGCUAAAGGAGCUUUACUGGCAAACUUUGGGAGCUUGGAAAAAGCUGUUGAAAAUUUUGAGGAAGCUCUAAAGUACAACCCAACACACAACAAUGCUCAGAAGUAUAUUUGUGAAACACUGGUGGAAUUAGGCAAACAACUUGAAGAGGAGAACAAAAUUGAAGAAGCAGAGAAGAAAUUCAAGAAAUGCUUAUCCAUCAAUCCUAAUCAUGCAGCAGGGAAGGAAGCUCUAAGGAAAAUUACUCAGAAAAGUGAAGACCGCUCAGAAAUUGUUCAAGAUGUUCUUCAAGAUCUCAUGGAUAUUGAAGAAGAAUUCAAUAGCAGAAAACGCCAUCGGACAUCAUCUACAUCCAAAAGCAGUCCAGUGGCAAAGAGGGAAGCACAUGGAUCAGAUAUCAAAGAGCCUGCUCCAGCCCCAGAGCCAUCAACUCAAUCCAGGUCACGCAGCAAGUCUCUUUCUCCUUUGUCAAAAAAGAUGCAAAUGCAGGAAGGAAAGUGGCUACCUCCAACCACCAUCAACACCACAUCAUCUUUUAUGCCUCCCAAUUUGGCUGUUCCUCCUCCCAGUAUUGAUUUAGCUGUUCCUCCUCCAACUGUUGAUGCAAGCUACAAUUACCCUCCGCCUGGAUGGCCUCCCACCACCAUGGUAACUGCUCCACCACCUGGGACAACUAUGUAUCCACCACCAACAGCUUACACAAUGCUACCUCAAGGACCAGCUGUUUCAAGUUCAACUUACAGUAGUCGAGAGGAUGAAGAAUACAAAGCUCGUGUUGAUCAGUUUCUCAAAAACUUGGAGGAAGAUAGAUCUGUUGAAAAAAAGGAUCGUUCUAAGAAGAAACAUAGCCGAGGGAGAGAAUCCAGAAGUCGAAAAAAAUACAAAGAUUCACAUAAAAAGAGGAAUCACUCCAGCAGUGUUAGUAGAAGCAGCAGUUACAGUAGCAGGAGUAGCAGCUCCAGCAGCAGCAACAGCAGCAGCAGCAGUACUAGUAGCAGUAGCAGUCAUGGCUCUAAUGGAAGUCCAGUGGAUACUAAGAAAAAGAAGCAUAGAAAGCAUAAGAAGCAAAAGAAACCAAAUAAGAAGGAGAAAAAAAAGCCUGAAAAGCACAUAAAAAAAGAUACUGUGAAAGAAAAACCCAAAAGUAAUGUACCACCUGCCUCAUCAGUAGAUGAUGAUCCUAUCCCAGGUCUGGAAAGUUUAAAUGAAAAGCUUACAGCUUAUUACAAGAAAGUAGAAGAGAGUCAAAGGGAACAGCCUGUUAGAGAGAAAAAGUCAAAAGAGAAGGAAGCUCUAGCAAAAGAAAGAGAGAAGACAUCAAAAGUAAAAAAGGAUCAAGUUAAAGAAAGAACAUCUGAUAAUUCUGACACUAUAACUCAAAUGAUGAAUGUGAUGAAGAGCUAUGAACAAGGUUUCCGCCUGACAUCCAAGACCAAAGUAGGAACAAGCUCAGCUCUCCCUAGUAAAGGAAUUCAUCCGGCAUUCCAAGAUAGUGAUGAAGAUGACAUACUUGACCAACCAGCUUCAAAUAUUGUGAACAAAAAACAGCAAGCAGAGGAUGAGAAGGAUACUACUCGAGGUCCUGAAGUUACCAGAAAUGCAGUCUUAAAUCAAGUGGAUAGCACUAUCAUAAAGAAAGGUUCACAAAGUUCAGCUUCUCAGGAUUUAGUUUCAAAACAUCACUCUAGGUCUUGUUCCAGAACUCGUUCAAAAUCAUGCUCAAGAAGUCUCUCAAAAUCACACUCCAGAAGUCCCUCUAGAUCAAGCUUCAGGAGGCAUUCAAAGUCACAGUCAAGGAAUCGGUUUCAGAGUUACUCAAGGUCACAUUCUCGUGAACGAUCAAGAUCACCUUUCAGACACCGUUCCAGGUCUCGUUCUAGAAGUCAGUCUCGAUCAUAUUACAAGACUAAAUAUAAGGGUGGUCGACCACAUCCCAGAGGAAGGAUUCAUUCUUACCCGAGGUCAAGAAGCAGAGACAUGGAUAGGGAUGGUCACUAUCAUGAGGGGUUUAAAUGGCAUAAACCAUAUCACAUCAAUUCAAGGUCUCCGCGCCACCACUCUAAUAGGUUUCGAGGACGUGGAAGAUUUGGAGGUAGGAGGGGUGGUGCUCCUUUUAGAGGUAAUAGUAGGGGACACCAGGAAAAAAAAGGCCAUUACAGGGGGCGAGAUUCACCAGAACCACUCAGUGAACAGGAACGAGAGAUGAUGAUACAGACAGCAAGAAAAAAGCUUGAAGAAAGUAUCAAGUAUGGAGCUGUUGAUCCUAGCAUUUGGGAAUCUAAUUCUGAUAACUUGUCAUACCCCAAAACAUCCAGUAAAGUUGAUUCUUCUAGCCAAAGAAGUCCUAAACCAGAAUCCUCUCAUCCUAAAACACCCAAUAGGUGGGAAUCUAGACACAAAACUCCCAGCAGAUGGGAAUCAUCUCGUCCCAAAACUCCCAGCAGAUGGGAAUCAUCUCGUCCCAAAACUCCCAGCAGAUGGGAAUCGUCUCGCCCCAAAACUCCAAGCAGAUGGGAGUCAUCUCGUCCCAAAACUCCCAGCAGAUGGGAAUCAUCUCGUCCCAAAACUCCCAGCAGAUGGGAAUCAUCUCGUCCCAAAACUCCCAGCAGAUGGGAAUCAUCUCGUCCCAAAACUCCCAGCAGAUGGGAAUCAUCUUGCCCUAAAACUCCCAGCAGAUGGGAAUCAUCUCGCCCAAAAACACCCACCCAGUCUUACCAACCAAAAACUCCUAGCAGAUGGGAAUCAUCUCGUCCUAAAACGCCGAGCAAAUGCAAAUUUUCCCAACCUAAAACACCAAAUAAAUUGGAUUCUUCCCGACCCAAAACACCAAGUAAGUGGGACACAUCUCAUCCCAAAACUCCAAGCCAUGAGGCUUCCAAAGAGAGCAAAGAUGAGAGCUGUAAUGACAGUAAUGACAAUAGUCCUCAUGAUUCAAGUGAAAAUUCCCCUGACAGAACUGCAAGAUUUGGAAAGUGGGAUAAUGAUGAAAAAGGGAAAAAUGGAGAAUCUAAAAUUGGAAACUCACUCACAGAGAUGGAGACCUUUAUUCAAGUUGCAAAACAAAAAAAGCUAGAAGAGAUGAAGGAGAGAAAUAAAGAAUUUUUGAAACCAAAUAUUGACUAAUGUGACAUAGAUACACCUUUCUAAUGUAAGUGCAAUGACAAGUGUGAUGCCUUUUACUUUUAUCAACAAAUUUGUGAAUGUAGUUUUUCAUCUGAAAUAAGAUUAUAAAAUUAGCUUUUUGGGGUAUUCUCAUUGCAGUUUUAUUCUUAGCUACUAUUGUAUGAACACUGUGAUUCAUACUUUUUCUAAGAAUUUAUAUUCUGCUGAGGCAUGGGGAUUUUGAGUUUAGCCCAAGUAAACUUGCCUAUUGGAAGAGGUGAUAGAAAAUACAUUAAGAUCAAAGGUUACAAAUCUAUACUCUUGUAAAUUUGCACUUUCCAGAAAACAAGAGAGAAACAAGUAUUUGAAUUUUUCAUUUGACCUCUAUUUCUAUUCAUUAUUUUGAUUAUUUUUGCUUGCUCAUAUAUUUAGCAACUUGUUUAUGUAUUAAUUUUUUAUCACCAAUAAUUAAUUGCUUAACUCUUAUUUUGUUUAGGUAUUUAAGUAUGUGUUUAUUACUUGUUUUCUGUCAUCUCUCAAAGCAGGAAAAGGCAAGUUAAGAAAAAAUAAAACUAUGAAAAUAGUAUAUGUUGAAAUUUUACAUUUGGAUCUGUGUUUGUUUCAUCAUGUUGAGUAGUAAACUAUUUUGCAAAUGAGAAGUAAAUCAUAUUUGCAUGAUACAAAGUCAUGCCUUCUUGUAAUAUUGAUCAAAGAUUUUGUAAGCUUUGUCAGUAGGAAAGAUGAAACUUAUUGUUUGAAAUUAAUAUAAUGAAUCUACAAAGUUUGUAAAGUGAAUUGAAUGUAUAGAUGAGUGAUGUUUCAGAUACUAGAUUUUAAGCUCCACUGAAGUGGAGGCAGAAGGAUAAGAUUGUGGAUGUUGAAACAUCAAUAUUUGUGGAUGCAGUAGCAGGUUUCCUUUACCUCCAUAUCUUCAUAUCAUGGUUGUGGAUGCAAAUAAUUUUUACACAUAGUAACACAAAGUGUGUUGUAUUGAUGCUGCCAAAAAGAGAGGGAAAGAGUAGAGGAAAGAAAUUAAUAGAAAAUAAUAUACAAUGCCCACUAUUGCAUUAGUUGGGAGCAAACUAAUGCAAUAGUGCAAAUCAGUUCAACCCCCACACCCCCCUCAAACACUGGCCAACCCUAGCUGAAGUACAUAACAUGUCUGGCAUGUGAAAGGAGAUAGAUGAGGGACUGAGGGGGAAGAGGACCCACCAGCCACCUUCCAGCCAAGUGUCUUGCAUGUGAGAGGAGAUAGAUGAGGAACUGAGGGGGAAGAGAACCCACCAGUCACCUUCCAACCAAGUUAGUGGGAGGGUUUGCAAUUUUUUUUUUAUUUUAUUUUUUUUUUAUUAUUUUUUUUUUUCCGCCCCUCACCCCUCUACACGGUUGCCUUUGUGUUCUGCGACCUAGCGGCAAGAUUGUCAAGAAAAAAGACUUCAGCAAAGACAAAUUUCUUGCACAAUAAGAUAGUACAAAGCAGAGAAACCUUCAAAGGAUAUAGCCAAAUUUGUUGGUGUGAGUGCAAGAAAUGUUCAGUGAUGCACCAAACAAUUUUGUGAUAGUGGAGAGGCAGCAACUCCACAGCAUCAAAGUCGAUUGUCCCAGAAAGGCCAAGAAACCUUUAUCCACAUUUUGAAUGUUAUAAGGUGACAAGUGGACCUUACCAAGACAAUCUUGGUGCUGUGGUAUUACCAUCUCACCACCACCAAAAUUUGUUUGCUCCAUCAUUGCAUAAUUCUUUCAUUCACCAACUGGCUAUAUCUUUAGUAGGCUUAUUGUGGGUGAAAUUUCCUCUUUCCUCAAAUCCCAUCUCUUGCCUGUAUUACCACUGGACUACAAAAUACGAAAGCAACAUGGUGAAGAGGGAAAGGAGCAGGAGGGAACAAAAAAAUAAAUCCUCCUAUCAAGUUGGAAGGAAGGUAACUGGUGGUUCUCCUCCAUCAUAUUCCCAGUGUCUUCUAUCACACACCAUACAUAUGUUAUGUACCGUACGUCUGCUAGGGCUUGCUGGUGUUAAGGGGGAUUUAAUUGAUUUGUGCCAUUGCAUUAGUCGGCAGCCUGCUCUAAAACAGAAGUGGAAGAGGGGAGCUGGACUGGGGAAGGACAAAAAGUAAUAGGGAGUAUGAAAAGGAAAUGCUUAUUAUCCCCACAAUCUCUCUCUCUCUCUCUCUCUCUCUCUCUCUCUCUCUCUCUCUCUCUCUCUCUCUCUCUCUCUCUCUCUCUCUCUCUCUCUCUCUCUC